AUGGCUGUGAGGAAACCGUUGACCCAGUUUACAACGCCGCUAGGAUCCGGGGCUGGCGUGGCUAAGGAAAACAGGCCACCAAAAGUUGUUGACUCUGAGAUAAGACUUGCUCGCCCCUUUAAGGUGCCUUUCAAGAACCGACUGGAAACUGUUUCAGGAGAAAUUUCAUCCCGACGUCCGGUUAGAUCAACUAGAAAAUACACAAACUACUCAUUAGACUGCGUUGAGAGCGGAAACGACGAGAAUGUUGACGAGAACGGAGAAGUAGUACCAAUAAAGAGAUUUGGCGCGUUGAUGCCUCGAUCAAUAAUCAAGUCCGAUAAUAUUGAAAAAAUUGAAACUAAAUUUAAACGUUCAUUCACAGUGCCAUUCCGUAGUGAUAAUGUGAAAAAAACCGAGAUGAUCAGAGGUCCACCACCUCCACUAGGUACCAAAGUUCGUCCAAUCCUACCUCCCCGAGCAUUACAUGAUCCCAUGAGCGAAUUUGCUAUAGUGUUGUACGACCCUACAGUUGAUGUGAUCCCGAAAGAUCCCAAUGAGGCAGACACAUCAACAGAACAGGAACUACCCUCGUCGUUGUCGCCCCCAUCCUCCUCAUCUUUACCUUUAUCAUCGUCGCCACCUGAAGUUGAAGAACGACCACUUAAAAAAAGAAGAACUCAUAAAUCGCUUGCAGAGAUAUUAGGUAUAGUCACCAGCCCUGAAGAAAGACUAGCUAAAUACCCCGAUGUACCAGUUGUUAUUGAUCCCAAAUUGGCCAAGAUUCUCCGACCUCACCAAAUUGCCGGUGUUAAAUUUUUAUAUCGAUGCACUGCGGGGUUGAUCGAUAGCAAGGCUAAAGGUUGUAUAAUGGCAGAUGAAAUGGGAUUAGGUAAGACUCUCCAAUGCUUGACGCUAAUGUGGACAUUACUACGUCAGUCUCCUAGGGGUAGGCGGACGAUUGAAAAAUGUAUUAUUGUCUGUCCUUCGUCACUAGUUCGAAAUUGGGCAAAUGAAAUUGUCAAAUGGUUAGGUGAAGGAGUUUUAACACCAUUAGCGGUUGAUGGGAAAAGUACAAAGUCGAACGAUUUGGGAUUGGCCUUGCAGCAGUGGUCGACUGCACAAGGUAGGAAUAUUGUUCGACCGGUUUUAAUCAUAUCAUAUGAAACUUUAAGAAGAAAUGUUGACAAAUUGGCGGGGACCGAAGUGGGAUUAAUGUUAGCUGAUGAAGGUCAUCGGUUGAAGAAUGGGGAUUCUUUGACUUUCACAGCAUUAAAUUCGUUAAAGUGCGAGAGGAGAAUUAUUUUAUCAGGUACACCUAUUCAAAAUGAUUUAUCAGAAUAUUUUUCGUUAUUGAAUUUUGCCAAUCCUGGUUAUUUAGGGACAAGAAACGAUUUUAGAAAGAAUUUUGAAAAUGCCAUUUUGAGAGGUAGAGACGCAGAUGCUAGUGAUAAGGAACGGGAGAUUGGUGACCAAAAGUUAACGGAAUUAUCUCAUCUAGUUUCCAAAUUCAUUAUUAGAAGAACAAACGAUAUAUUGUCCAAAUAUUUGCCAGUAAAGUUUGAAUAUGUUUUAUUUACCGGCUUAUCGCCCAUGCAGAAACAGUUGUAUCAUCAUUUCAUCACAUCGCCAGAGAUUAAAAAAUUGUUAAAGGGUAUUGGAUCACAGCCAUUGAAAGCUAUUGGAAUAUUGAAGAAAUUAUGUAACCAUCCCGAUUUGUUAGACCUUCCUGAUGAUAUUGAAGGAUGCGAGGAAUUUAUUCCUGAAGAUUACGUUUCUUCAACUGCAAAUAAGGGAGGUCGCAAUAGAGAGAUUGCAACAUGGUUUAGUGGGAAAUUUCAAAUUUUAGAGCGGUUCUUAUACAAGAUGCACAGUGAAACAAACGACAAGAUUGUUUUAAUUUCAAACUACACACAGACCCUUGAUUUAAUUGAGAAAAUGUGUCGGUACAAGAAAUAUGGGGUACUUAGGUUAGAUGGUACGAUGAACAUUAACAAACGUCAAAAGUUGGUUGAUAGAUUCAAUGACCCACAAGGUUCGGAAUUUAUCUUUCUCUUAUCGUCAAAAGCAGGAGGCUGUGGUAUUAAUUUGAUUGGAGCCAAUCGUCUUGUUCUUAUUGAUCCCGAUUGGAACCCGGCCUCAGAUCAACAAGCACUUGCGCGUGUUUGGAGAGAUGGACAGAAAAAGGAUUGUUUUAUUUAUAGAUUUAUUUCUACAGGAACAAUCGAAGAAAAGAUUUUCCAAAGACAAUCAAUGAAAAUGUCCUUGAGUUCAUGUGUGGUGGAUGAGAAGGAGGAUGUUGAGAGAUUAUUCAGUUCUGAUAACUUGCGACAAUUAUUUUUAUUUCAACCAGAAACAGAAUGUGAUACUCACGAUACAUUUCAUUGCAAAAGAUGUGAUCAAGAGAAGGGGCAAUUUAUCAAAGCUCCUGCAAUGUUGUAUGGUGAUGCUACCACUUGGAACCAUAUCAAACAUGAUAAAUUAAAAGAAAAUGAAGAUUUGUUAAUAGCUAAUGAAGCUAAUUUUGAAGAUAUUUCCUUUGCAUUCCAAUACAAGUCACACUAA